CACAUUCUCUCUCUCUCUCUCUCUCUCUCUAGUGAGUGCAUGUCAUUUGCUUACACCAUCACUCUUUCUUUCUUCCUCUCUCUCUUUCUCACUGUCAGGCUCUGCCUCACUCACUCCCUCUCUCUUUCUUUCCUUUUCCAUUCCUCUCCUCCAAAAGAAUUCCUCUCCUCUUCUUCUCUCUCCCACUUUCCAGAUUCCUUCUCUCUUUUCUUCCACUUAAUCAAAGAAGCUCCAUCCCGAACUCCCCAAAAAAAGAAAGAAGAAAUAGAAGAUCAGGACCAGACCCAGGAGAAGAUGUCCAAAUCAGAGUGCAGGAGUGUAUCGAGGUGGCCGAGAUGGAUCAAAUCAGCUGCUGCCUCUCUCUUUCUUCUUCUGGUGUGUACGCAGGGAAUGGCUGAGGGACGCCGAGUCACCAAAAUCCCUCGCUGUCCAGCUACCUGCUCCUGCACCAAAGACAGUGCCUUCUGCGUGGACACUAAAGCUAUCCCCAAGAGCUUCCCGCCCGGCAUCAUUUCACUGACAAUGGUGAACGCAGGCUUCACUGAGAUCCCAGAGGGAGCGUUUUCUCACCUGCACUUGCUGCAGUUCCUUUUGCUGAAUUCCAACACUUUCACUGUGAUUGCUGAUGAUGCCUUCGCUGGCCUCUCGCACCUGCAGUAUCUGUUUAUUGAGAAUAAUGACAUUCAGUCACUGUCCAAAUACACUUUUAGAGGCCUGAAGUCUCUAACACACCUAUCUCUGUCUAACAACAACCUGCAAGUCUUACCCAGAGAACUGCUCAAAUACCAGGACAUCCUCACUGACCUAGACCUGAGAGGGAACUCGUUCCGCUGUGACUGUAAGAUUAAGUGGCUGGUGGACUGGAUGGAGAAAACCAACACCUCCGUCCCGGCUAUAUACUGUGCCAGUCCUUUUGAGUUCCAGGGCCGACGCAUCCAGGACUUAACACCACGAGACUUCAACUGCAUCAGUGCAGAUUUUGCUUUGUAUGAGACCUACCCAUUCCAGUCCCUCUCUGUGGAAUCGUACGACUUUAACGAUGACUUGUAUGUGGUGUUUGCUCAGCCCAGCACUGGAAUAUGUACCGUUUACAUCUGGGAUCAUGUGAACAUGCUUUUCAGGACCCAUUACAACAUCACAUCUCGAUCUGCAGUGUACUGCAAGCCUGUGGUGAUCAACAACACACUCUACAUGGUGGUAGCCCAACUCUUUGGAGGAUCCCAUAUCUAUAAGUGGGAAGAAGGGCCUUUGCAGUUUGUCAAAAUCCAGGACAUCGAUGCCAGCCGUGUACGCAAACCCAACUUCAUGGAGACGUUUCAGAUUGAAGGAGACUGGUACUUUGCUGUAGUGGACAGCUCCAAGGCAGGCUCCACUAGCAUCUACCGCUGGAACAGCAACGGCUUCUACUCACACCAGUCUCUUCACCAAUGGCACCGCGACACACACAUACACUUCCUGGAAGUGGACGGUAAGGCCCGGCUAAUCCUGUCGAGCUCCUUGCAGCCUCCGGUGGUGUACCAGUGGAACCGUGGGACACGCGAGUUCGUCUACCACUCGCAAAUCCCACAUGCAGGUGAUGUACACAUAGUCAAGCACUUCUGGGCCCAUCAAGCGCUCUACCUCUGCCUGACGCGGUUCAUUGGCGACUCGAGGCUCGUGCGCUGGGAAAGCCAGCGCUUUGUGGAGAUCCAGACGCUGCCUUCACGUGGCUCGAUGGCACUACACCCGUUUAGCGUAGGAGUGAGGCAGUACCUGGUUCUGGGCAGCGAUUACUCCUUCUCACGGAUCUACCUGUGGGACGAGCUCACACAGCGCUUCCAGCCUUUCCAGGAGCUCAACGUUUUGGCGCCUCGUGGCUUUAGCCUCGUCUCCAUUGACAACAAAGACAUCCUGCUCGUCGCCAGCUUUAAAGGAAAGACUGUGGCAUAUCAGCAUCUUCUGGUGGACCUCAGCGCCAAGUAAACCUGAGACUAAAGAUGUUUUCAUCCAAGGGGUAUAGGUUUUGUUAAUGGAAGAUCAAUAUGUUUCCUGGCUUUGGUUGCAAAUCCUGUUUAUAUGUGAUACAGACUUUAAGUCUUUUGGACAGGUUUUUAAUUUUAGUCUUGUAAAAAUGUCAUAAAUAAGCAUGCUGACUUGCCCUUCAAGAAUGGAACUGGACAGUGCUCAGUAAAUCUGUUCUAGACAUAAACUUAUAUAUAUACAGUAGAUAUGAAGAUAAGUAUAUACUGACCUCAAAAUAAAGCAAGAUCUACACUGACAAUUAACUUUAUUAGGAGCAUCUGCCAAUCAGCCAAUCAUGUGGCAGCUGCGCAAAUACAGGUCAAGAGCUUCAGGUAAAGUUGACAUCAAACAUCAGAAUGAGGAGAAAAUGUGAUCUCAGCAACUUUGACCUUGGCAUGGAUUGAGUAUUUCAGAAACUGCUGAUCUCCUGGGAUUUUCACACAUAACAGUCUGUACACAGUUUACACAGUUUACACAAAAUGGUACAAAAAACAAAAAACAUCUGAUGAGCAGCAGUUCUGCAGGUGGAAAUGCCUUGUCGAUGGGAAGCUCAGAGGAGAAAGGGCAGACUUGUUCGAGCUGAUGGGAAGGAUACAAUAGCUCAAAUAACCAAUCUUUACAAACAUGGUGAGCAGAAAGUAUCUAAGAAUGCAUAACACCUCGAACCUGGAUGCAAAUGGGCUACAAGAUCUGGGCAAGAUCAUGUGAUGAUCAUGUGAGCCACGUGAUUGGCUGACUGGAUAAUUGCAUGAAUGAGUAGAUGUACAGGUGUUCCUAUUAAAGUAGACAGUGAGACAGUAUCAAUAUAUGAAGCACAUUUUUCAGCAUGAAAAUAAACUUUAUUUUUUGUCAUCAGUCAUCUCAUUAAUCAUAAUUUGAUGGGCCUGUCCAGAAUAUACAGAUUACAAAUAACCAAGAUAAAGUAAUAUACUGUUUAUAAAAAUCAGGAUUUAAAUAAAUGCUUUAGACCACGCAGUAUGUUUGUGAGUACAUACUGUUACCCAGGUUAAAUUUUUAUAUCUCAUGGCCUCAUCGAUGGUUAUGUACAAAAUCAAUUUGUGAUAUAAAAGUUGCAGAUUUUCAUGCAGAUUUUUUAUGCAUGUGCUGUGCUAGACUAACAACUAUAAUAAUUUCUAUAGUAGUAAUGAUAUUAUUUCAUUCCAUUUUCAUUUACACACUUUAUGCCAUCCCACAAAAACCUGUAAGAUAUCAAAGUCCACACUUAUUGUCAUUCUGUGCACUGAAACUACUGAAAAAAAAAGCAUCUCUUUGGGUUGUGUGUAUGACCGAGCAUGUGGAUUUCGAUUAUGAGGAACCAUGACUAAUAUGAAAUGUCACAAAUGUUUAUCAUCAGUGUUAAAAAUAAAUUUAUACAAUACUUUCUCACCA